AUGGCAACAUACGGUACUCAAAUCUCGCAUGUACGGGAGUACUAUUGUCAGUACACAGAUCAAAUACACAAGAAACACAAGUCGUGGCAUGAUGGAACCAUGAAAUUUUACCAACUUAACCAUAAAUUCCAACUUUUCUCAAUAGAUGGAGGAAUGCUGCUGGGCAGUACAAUCAUAACGAAUUCUCGUCGCGUGGAAUAUAUUUUGGAUGCCAAUGGGUUUAACAAGGAGGAACACAAGAUUUUUGGUCAAUUUCUUGUGAUGAUAGAUCGCUUACAGUGUGAAUACGACAGAGACAUCAGUGGGAAAGCGAGGAAAACUUCAGCUUCUUACAACGUCAAGAAAUACAUCGAAGAUGUGGGCCAUCCAGAGAACGGUAACUCGAAUCCUAGCAAUACUUCAACUCCCGUCGUUCGCCAUAACGAUAGUCUGGCUUUGAAGUUUAACAAACCGUUUCGACGACCACUUGCAAAACGACCCCAGAACAAAGUGCCAGUAAAACAGCGAGCACUCACGAGUUCCAAGCCAGUUUAUAACGAAAAAGGCCUGGAACUGAACACGCCAGUGUUGAAAAAUGAAAAGUCCUAUUCCACGAUAGAGAAUGCGCCUGUAUCGCUUACAAUUGACAUGUCAGGAUCCAAGAAAUCUAUUAGAGCAUCCAGGUUUCAUUCUGGAAACCAAGAUCAAACUGAACAGCUACUGGAUCUCAAAGUCACAUCCAAAUUGAAUAAAAAGUGCCCGAAUCACAAGCUACAGCGACAAUUGUCAUUACCAGAGACAAAACCAAUCGAACCCAUAUCACCCACGCUAAGAGCGGCAACGCAAUUCAGGGUUCAUCGGAAAAGCAUUUUAUUGAAGCACGAUCCUAUCGUGCUCGGAAAACGACAUAGCAUCAACAAAUGA